CCAUAGUAUAAAGGGCUCAUCUGUAGCUUUGUGGCUAGGUUGGCAGUAGGUUGUUUUCUUGAUAGCCGCCCGGGGUUCCCACUCGUCGCCGCUGAACUCCGCCACUGCAGAUUCGGUCAUUACGGCGGCAUACCAGACGGACUAUAGGUUCCAGAUGGACCAGCAGGACCAGUCCUAUAUGUUUGCCAGUCUGAAACGGCCUCACUCGGAGCAGCUGCUGCAAGGCCUCCAGCUCUUGCGGCAGGAUCACGAACUAUGUGACAUUGUCCUGCGUGUGGGUGAUGCCAAGAUCCAUGCCCACAAAGUAGUGCUGGCCAGCAUCAGCCCUUACUUCAAGGCCAUGUUCACGGGUAACCUGUCAGAAAAGGAGACCUCUGAGGUCGAAUUCCAGUGCAUUGAUGAGACUGCCUUGCAGGCCAUCGUUGAGUAUGCCUACACUGGCACAGUGUUCAUCUCCCAAGAAACCGUGGAAUCUUUGCUACCAGCUGCCAACUUACUCCAGGUUAAGCUUGUACUUAAGGAGUGCUGCUCCUUCUUAGAGAGCCAGCUGGACGCCGGAAACUGUAUAGGCAUCUCCCGCUUUGCAGAGACUUAUGGCUGUCAUGACCUGUGCCUGGCUGCAACUAAGUUCAUCUGUGAGAACUUUGAGGAGGUUUGUCAGACGGAGGAGUUUUUUGAACUGACGAGAGCAGAGUUGGAUGAAAUUGUGUCUAACGACUGCCUUAAGGUGGUCACAGAGGAGACUGUGUUUUACGCCCUGGAGUCAUGGAUCAAAUAUGAUGUAACUGAGAGACAGCAGCAUCUGGCUCAGCUGCUGCACUGUGUUCGCCUUCCACUCCUAAGCGUCAAAUUUCUCACCCGCCUAUAUGAAGCCAACCACCUUAUACGAGAUGACCACGCAUGCAAGCACCUGCUUAACGAGGCCCUCAAAUAUCAUUUUAUGCCUGAGCACCGGCUUUCCUAUCAGACUGUGUUGUCAGCGCGGCCCAGGUGUGCCCCGAAGGUGCUGCUGGCAGUAGGAGGCAAGGCUGGACUGUUUGCAACAUUAGAAAGCAUGGAAAUGUAUUUCCCUCAGACAGAUUCAUGGAUAGGACUGGCCCCCCUCAGUGUUCCCCGAUAUGAAUUUGGGGUGGCAGUGCUGGACCAAAAGGUGUAUGUGGUGGGAGGCAUUGCCACGCACAUGAGACAGGGCAUCAGCUAUCGGCGACACGAGAGCACCGUGGAAAGCUGGGACCCCGAGAGCAACACCUGGUCCUCGGUGGAGCGUAUGGCUGAGUGCCGCAGCACACUCGGGGUGGUGGUCCUGGCUGGUGAGCUGUACGCCCUCGGCGGCUAUGAUGGCCAGUACUACCUCCAGUCAGUGGAGAAAUACGUCCCCAAGUUGAAGGAGUGGCAGCCGGUGGCACCCAUGACCAAGUCCCGCAGCUGCUUUGCCACCGCUGUGCUGGAUGGCAUGGUGUAUGCUAUCGGAGGCUAUGGCCCAGCCCAUAUGAACAGUGUGGAGCGGUACGACCCCAGCAAGGAUGCCUGGGAAAUGGUAGCCCCCAUGGCAGAUAAGAGGAUCAACUUCGGAGUUGGUGUCAUGCUCGGCUUCAUAUUUGUUGUGGGCGGACACAACGGCGUGUCACACCUGUCCAGCAUCGAGAGGUAUGAUCCACAUCAGAACCAGUGGACAGCCUGUCGGCCAAUGAAUGAACCACGCACUGGUGUGGGCUCUGCCAUCGUGGACAACUACCUCUAUGUGGUGGGAGGUCACUCUGGGUCAUCCUAUCUGAACACUGUCCAGCGCUAUGACCCCAUCUCGGACAGCUGGUUGGACUCAAGUGGCAUGAUGUAUUGCCGUUGCAACUUUGGUCUGACUGCCCUUUGACCCUUGGCCCAGCCAGCUAGGAUCCGUUAAGAGAACUUAGACACAAAGACGUUUCUUUUUCGUUGUCUCCUCCUCCUUCCCCACAUACAUCCUCCAGGUGCAGAGGAGCGCUGCACACCGGCGUCAACACCAGAGGAGAGAGAGAGCCUGCUGGGCGGAUGGAUGUGGCGGGCUAGCUCACUGGCUAGAGGGAGACUACACGGGCAUGGCUGCAGAGAUGAGAAAGAGCUGCAAAGUUGUGCGGAAAAGCCAGGAAGAUGAUUGGACCGGAUCGGCUGUCACAGGCACGAGGAGACGACCGCUCUACUGCUGCUGGACCACAAUGAGGACUCUGAGCCAUUUCCCAGAGGAUUGUGGGAGAAAACUUGUCACUUUUGUUUGAAACUUUUUUUGUUACGUUUGCAGACGUUGUUUUUUGUUUUGUUUUGUUUUUUCCUUCAUGCCAUUAAUUGUGUUUAACACUUAAAAAUCUCCCCCCCCCGCUGCAACUGGAACCAUGUGUUCAAAUUUUGUAGAACACCGCAGUUGGCUGCUGGUGUAUUUGUAUGAAUAUGUGGUUGUUGGCCAUGUAGUGUGUAUGUCUGUGUGUGUGUGCUUGAGGGAUACGUGCAUGUCAGAUAGGAUUGUUUUUGUUUUGUUAUGUGUCUACGUGCAGAACUGAAGCUUGGGGCUCAGCGAACGCAGGAGUUCUGCAUCAAAAUCAGUGCUUCACAAAAAAGAGAAAAGUUGGAAUCUUUAUAUUUUCUCAAAAAGGGCUGCCUUUUUCUCUCCUGUAAAUAGUCUAAAUGAAAUAUAUAAAUAAUGAAUAUAUCCUCUAGUGCAUUGCCUGUAAAUGUUUUUCUGCACUGGGUCACGUGUGUGUGUGUGUGUGUGUGUGUGUGUGUGUGUGUGUGUGUGGAUGUGUGUGUGUGUGUAGUUUGAUACCAAGGGUCAGUGUAGAGGUGAAUGACGAAUUCUCCUGGGAGUGUUUGCCACUAGUCUCUGCUUCAUCCUGGGAGCAAGUUGAAAUCCCAAUAAUGUCCUAGCUUCUGUUCCAUCUUCCUAAGGUCAGGUCAUGAACUUCUUGUUACUCUCACCAUAGUUUAAAUUGACCUCCGCCCUCUUUUCACCCUUUGGUCUGUACACAAUACCAACUGGUGCUAUAUUUAGGAUUCAGGAUUCAGCUGUUUGUCUGUGUUGCCUCACACAAUUAGGUCAGCCUCUUUUCAGCCUCUGCAACAUUACUGUUAUUAUGUUUGUGAUUAAUGUGCAUUUAAAUGCGUCAAAUUUGAUGGCCCUACCUUGCAAUAAAAUAAAGUCCUACUGAAAGGGAAGCCUGUGGUCAGACAACCACAAACCCCUGUCUGAAAAUUAGCACUAUGUUUGCUUUGCGGUUGUUUAAAACUUUUUAUUCAGAAAGCAUCCUAGUUAACAUACCCCUUCCCUCAUAGUGUCCCUGUUGCAGGAUAUGAGCAUGCUUCACUGUCCUCUCUAUGCCUGCUCCCUGUACAAUGUCACUCUCUUAGCUAUGAACAAGACUUUCUGCCUGUGAAUGGGUCUGACACCUGCUCUCACCAACUCGCCACCAAACAUGUGAGCCUCAUCAGGCCAAGGUCUUGCUUGCAAGCUCAGGUUUGAAGUUAUCUGUUCACAGCUUCAUCUGAAGUGCCAAAACAUUAGAAUUUUUUUUUUUUCGCCAUCUUUCCCAGCUCCAGUGCUACAUACGGCUUUCUCAUGUGCCACAGUUUAAUCAUUCUCUUUUCUGUCUUGUUGCUAAUGUAUUAGCAUUACAUUCUUCCAUUCUGUCAUAUGGAGAUGGUUGAUAAAGCACCAAGGGCUGUGCCAGCCAACUCAGACAAUGUUGCCACUGUCACUGGUCCUGUGUCCUGGGAGAGAGACCAGAGUGCUGACCCCAGGCUGGCUGAGGGUAUCACUCUAGGCUAGGCUAGGCUAAGGGACAGGUCAGGCAAUGCACAGCAAUGGAGGGGGCACUAGACAGGGAAUGGCCAGGCAUCUUGUGUAUUGUUGAGUCCCUGUUCUUGUUCAAAUCAAGUUUGAGUUGCUUUGUGCACUGACAUUUGCACACAAGUGUAAACUUAAAACAAGCUCUGCAUUGCACUUACCAAACUCUUUGAUACAUAUUGUAAUUUGUACAUACGUUUUAAUGUGGGAUAAUGGCAUUUAGACAAUGCAAUAACACUUCUGUUCUGUCUGUGGAUGAGUUUGUUUUGUGUUUGUCUCUUUAAAAAGCCAAGGCAUCUCAUAUUGCUGUAACAGAACCCCACAUGGCAUGUCUAUUGAUUCACACUGUUGGCUGGUAAUGUGGACGUCUAAUGAAAUAUCCAAAUUGUACCAUUGAGUUCGCCUCAUCCUGCCAGACAUCUUGUGUUGUCAUUUGUUUUAUUUAUUUUUUUUUUACAAGGUGUUUGUUAAUUCAGGGAGAUACAGAUGGAUUGCUCACAGUUUGUUAAAGGUUAACUCCACCAAUUUGUGUGUUUACAACUCUUGGGGAGUACCACUUCAUGGGAAAACAGUAGUUGAAAGCCUUUUGUGGUUCCAGAGGAAGCUGCAUGUAAUCUAAUAAUAUAUGAUCUCUACAGUGAUGUCACCCAGUGGCUAAGUAGCGUUGUGGGUAAUGUAGGUGCCAGAUUUUGAAAAAGGUAGAAGAAUCCAUGGAAUAAAAAAGGUGGUAUCUCUGGUUCUGCUUAAUUGAUUUGGAUGUUGGCAUGUUGUGGAGUACUUUGAAAACAUAGUGCCUACAUUACCCAUAAUGCAACUCAGCCAACAAAUGGCACCACUGGAGGCAAUUUAUCAGAUUAGAUGCAACUUCCCCUAGAGCAACAAAAUGCUUAAUACAACACUUUUUACAUGUGCAGAAGUACUCCUCCAGACCUUUUUAAAUACGCGUGAAUGUGUAGAAUUGGUGGAGUUACCCUUUAAUUCAUGGCCAAAUUUGAUGUAUACACCUUUUCAAAAAAGAAAAAAAAAAAUCAACACCACAAAUUUCACCACAAAGUCUUGUUUACUCCAGACGGGACACCUUCCUCUUCACCCUUGUAAUCUAAACCUGUUGAAAUAAAUACAGAAACCAUUACUA